GUAGCAAUUGACGCCACAGCACACCGGUUGCUAAGAAUUAUUUCAACGAAGUGUUGAAUUUAAGAACGAUCCUACAUUUGAUACAGUAUAAUUCGCAGUGUCCUUCGGUUAAUGCGUCAAAGCUUUUUUUUCUUUCUUUCUCAGUCACAUUGAAAAACGGUUGCGGUGAGUCAGCUAAUUGGGCUUGUGAGCCGAAUGUGACCAAAAUAAAAAAGAAAUGACCCAGUAGGCCGAGCUGCCCUCAAUGCAGACUUUUAUGUGAUCACAUCCAUGAAUGCACGAAGGGUCUUUUCUGCGAUGGUUUCAGUCAAAUUGACAUGUUGAAAGCAGCCCGGAAUUCAAAAUUCGAGACGCACUUGAACCUCAGCGCGCAUGACGCGUCCCUGCGUGUGCGAGUUGCUCAUUUGAGAGAGGUGGGAGCCAUUUGGUUCCUCUGACGUGUGUUACUACUCCUCUGACGGCGACCGCCCCCCCCCCCAAAAAAAACCAAGCCACCCAAGAGACCUCCGCCAUAGUCUCUUUGGAGCGACCUGUCCGAGGAGCCCAGCACAUGCCGCGAGAAACUUUUCAGGUCUCCAUGCGUCCUUGUUCUUAGCGCAAGAUCGGCGCGACCAUGACCAUCCAUGUCGAGGGGCUUGUGGCCAUCGCGCUCUUCUACCUGCUCAUCCUCUUUGUGGGCAUCUGGGCGGCAUGGAAGAACAAACACUCCGGGGAGGCCGAGGGGACGGACCGCAGCGAAACCAUCAUGGUCGGAGGCAGAGACAUCGGAUUGUUCGUCGGAGGAUUUACAAUGACUGCAACUUGGGUUGGUGGAGGAUACAUUAAUGGCACAGCCGAGUACGUUUACCUGCCAGAUUACGGCUUGGCUUGGGCACAAGCCCCCUUUGGAUAUGCCCUCAGUCUUGUUGUCGGAGGGCUCUUUUUCGCCAAGCCCAUGCGCUCAAGAGGUUAUGUAACCAUGCUGGACCCGUUCCAGCAGCUAUACGGCAAGCGCAUGGGCGGCCUUCUCUUUAUACCCGCAUUAAUGGGGGAGAUCUUCUGGUCCGCCGCCAUUUUGUCGGCUCUUGGCGCCACGCUCAGCGUCAUCGUGGACAUCAACAUCAAAAUGUCGGUGGUAAUAUCGGCCCUCAUCGCCAUCUUUUACACGCUGGUGGGAGGACUUUACUCCGUGGCCUACACGGACGUUGUGCAGCUCUUCUGCAUCUUUGUCGGCCUGUGGAUCAGCGUCCCAUUUGCUCUGACCAACCCAGCCGUGUCAGACAUCACGGUGACAGCAGUGAAGCAUGUGUACCAGUCGCCAUGGAGAGGCAGCGUCAACAGGAGUGACACCUGGGUCUGGAUUGACAAUUUUUGCCUCCUGAUGCUGGGAGGCAUUCCAUGGCAGGUGUAUUUCCAGCGAGUCUUGUCGGCUUCCUCGGCUACUUACGCACAAGUCCUGUCCUUUAUCGCCGCUUUCGGAUGCCUCGUCAUGGCCGUUCCCUCCGUUCUCAUCGGCGCUAUCGGGGCCUCCACAGACUGGAACCAAACCACAUACGGCGCCGUUCCCCCCAAAGAGAAGGAAGAGGCCGAUAUGAUCCUGCCCAUCGUUCUCCAGCACCUCUGCCCGCCAUUUGUGUCUUUUUUCGGCCUGGGUGCCGUGUCCGCUGCGGUCAUGUCAUCCGCCGACUCCUCCAUCCUGUCGGCGAGCUCCAUGUUUGCGAGGAACAUCUACCAGCUGGCCUUCAGACAGUCGGCAUCGGAUCGUGAGAUCGUGUGGGUCAUGCGCAUCACCAUCUUUGUGUUCGGCGGUCUCGCCACGUUGAUGGCGCUGGUUACGGGCACAGUUUACGGGCUGUGGUACCUCAGCUCCGACUUGGUUUAUGUCAUCAUCUUCCCGCAGCUCCUCAGCGUGCUCUUUGUCAAAGGCACCAACACGUACGGCUCGGUGGCCGCGUACUUGUUUGGCAUGGUGCUGCGCAUCGGCGGCGGGGAGCCCUACCUGCAACUGCCCCCUUUCAUUUAUUACCCCGGGUGGACCGUCGAGCAGCGCAAGCACCACAUCACCGGCGAAACGGAGGAUAUUGUCAUUCAAAAGUUUCCCUUUAAGACGGCCUCCAUGCUGGCUUCUUUUCUGGGGAACGUCGUGUUUUCCUACCUGGCCAAGUACCUGUUUGAGAGCGGCAAGCUGUCUCAUAAAUACGACUUUCUCGACGCCGUCGUGUCCAAGCACAGCGGGGAGAUUAUGGAUAAGACCACGCUGGUGGCCCGUGGCAACAACAUCGGGCUGUCCGAGAUGGCGCCUGUCAAACCGCGGCUGAGCGUGACCUUGGCGGCCGCCUUCACGCGCCGUGACACGCUGCCGACGGACACCGUGGAGGAGGAAGAGGAGGAGUCCAGCCCUGACUCCUCCCACCACGACGAAGAAUGAAAAAGAGCAGGAUGUGGUUUUUCAGAAGACGGCGAGAGAACCGAUCCGGCUGGCGAUCGAAAAGAAGACAAUGAGCAAACGUCCUCCCCAAGGGACCAUGAGGUACAACACUGACUGACUGGAACUGGGACACUAGCGUCAUUUCCACAAGCAAUAUAUUCCACAAGAUUCGCUGAAAAUCAUUAACACACGUUCAAACUUUUAUUUUCCAGUCAUUGCAUCAAUACUGGCUCUCGACACAAUACAUGCACUCUCCAUCACCAGUCCUAAUACAAUAUAGCGUACUCCACACUCCACUACCCCCCAAAAAAAUGGAUAUCCAUCCAUCCAUUUUCGGUACCC